GCCACUGUGACCCUACGCUCACCCAGGUGUAGACAAACUGGCAGGCUCCUAGCCAGUUCAAGGUGUUUCCCUUUGCCUGGUAACAGGGAGGUGUGGCUGAGUGAGGCAGGGUAUGGCGGGGAGCAGCUGCAACUAACAAGUGGUGGAGAGAAGCCUCCUGCUGGAACCCUCUGGCUACCCCAAAUGCUGGAGACUAACCUCCCCAGGGUGAAGGAGACAAGUCUGAACCAGAAUGGAGCCCCAGUGAAAAGGCCUGCUGCCUGAGGUUCACACCAUGUACUCUUACGUCUGCCUGCCGCGCGGGGAGAGUGCCUGGCCUCCGCUGCAGCCCCUCACCUACACCUACCUGCCCGCCCCUCUGCUGCUGCCUCCCAUCCAGGCCCACAACUUCUGCAGCCGGCCAGCGAGCUUGUGCGUGGGAGAGAGGGCGGCCCCGCGAGAAUACCACUGUUUUUACCGCCCGAGCGUAUCUCCUGCCGCCACUCCACCCUGGUGGGCCUUCCCAGCAGCCUACGCCGCCGCCCUUAGCUCGCCGGCCCCUGCCGCCCGCCUCCUGAGGCCGUCGCUGCAGGAAUCCGCAGCCGAGAGCUGGGCGCCGUGGCCCGAGGGUGGCAAUGUGCAAGCCGAACUGCGAUGGGGCCGCGUGGAACGCACGCACGGCCAGGAUCUGCAGCUGCCCGACUUCGUGUGCCGGGAACUGCGGCGAGUGUACGGCACGUAUCCGCGCACCUACGUGCGCGUCACCCACAGCCGCGGCGAGUUCCUGCUGCAGGCGGCGCCGCGCGUCGGCCAGCCGGAGUACCGGGUGGAGAGGCGCGUACUGCGACGGCCCAAUAGCGGUGACAGCAGCAGCCCAGCCCGGGAAGCCGCGGAGCGCGGCCGUCCCAAGAAGAGGAAGGGCCUAGGCUGAGCUUUUUUAUUGGCAUUAUUUUUGUGUUAGUUGAAGGAUCCCUUUAGCUGUGUCACUUAGAAUGCUGUUGGUAAAGUUAGGACUUUGACUUGUCACAUUCAUCUUUUAGACCAAUCAGGUCAAAAUAUCAGGGCUAGCUAAUCAUAUCAUAUGGAGCUUACCUAUGUAGGAGGUUAGGAAGAUUUGUAAAUCUCAAAUCAUUUGAUUCAGAACAAACUUGGGACUCUGGCAGUGUCAGGUACUCCUGUAUAAGAACACUUUCAUUAUAGCCUUCCAGUUUCAUUUACUUUUGGGAGGACUGACCCAAGUACACAUCUCAAGUUGCAUUAAAAGAGCCAUUGCCUUUUUUUAAACACUGUGCUUUGGUUAUACUUUCCUGCCAGGUGUUUAAGACCAAAUUGGUCAAAAUUGACCUUGUUUUUCUAUCUCCUGCUAAGAGUCAGCAGAGAUUUAUCAGGGAUCUUCAGACCUUGGCUCCUUUAGUUUUUUUGUGUAUGUGUGGUGGUGGUGCUAGGGAUUGAACCCAGGCCUUGUGCAUGCAAGGCAAGCACUCUACCAACUGAGCUAUAUCUCCAGCACUCCUUUAGCUUUCUCCUACUGGUCAUGCCAUCUGCCAGGAUAAAGUCAGAGUCUUCCUGACCACAUAUGGCUUCCCUUAGAAGCAUUGGGACAUUUCUCUCUCCAAUGACCCUCUUUACAGAAUGUGCACUGGUUGACUUCCUGUUCUCUAGGGUUCUCACAAUCCUCCUGAUUUGAAGGUUGGGUGACUCACUGGAGUUAAGGGGCUUUAAAGGGUUCCCAUCAUUCCCUGGAUCCUGGUUGACCUUAGAGGGCAUGGGCCAAAAUAUUGAUUGCAUUUUCUUUAGACUUUUUAACUUCUUUGACUUUGGUCUCCAAGUUUUGGUUUUAAACAUCCAGCAGGCCAGUUUCACCAUUCUUGAAAUGGGAGUAAUGGGUUUUAACUUUAGGAUUUCUAAUUUUACAAUUACUCUUCCCAUUUAAUUGGGAUUUGUAUCAGUACUGCAAGUCAGAUAUCCUAUCUGUCCUGGAGGUGAUGCCUUAUUGUCUUAAUUCAGGUUAUUCUGGUUAGAAGUAGUACUUUUGCAAAAUACUAACAGGUAGUAGUUACAAAGUGAAAUUAGUAAGAGUAAAAACACACUUGAUUUUAAACCUAAUAGACACAAGAAAUUAUCUUGAUAGAUAAUGUUUUGGAAAACUCAGUCUUUGCUUUGUCCUUAAUAUCAGUCCAAUAAUGAAGACAAGGUUUUGAGUAAAAAGGAAAGUUUUGGGUUGUCUUUUUUUUUUAAUUGAUGGUUAAAAAUCUCUUUAAAAUAUUCAACUGAACAUAGUCAAAUAAAGUUUGUCUUUAAUAAAGACAAUUAGUCAAUUUUUGCUGAUAACAAUAACAUAUGAAUAUAGUCAUAAUAUGAAUACAAUCAUUUUAUUUAAUAAUUUGAAUAUUUCAUAUUUUAUGUAACAAUAUGUAUAUGAUCAUAUUUUUGUGACUGGAUUUAUCAACUUUGUGAAGUUUUGGUCUUUUUGUUAGCAAAGGAGAAACAUGGUGACACUACCAAGGGAACAAUGUGUCCUUAAAGAGGUGAUUCAAUGGCUACAUUCCAAUUGUGCCCUAUUCAGGGUCAUAAAUUAUUUGUAGUUUUGAGAAAUAGCCAUUUUUUAGAUCUUUUGACACUACUGAAGUCUGAAUUAUUUUAUUCUUGUAGUGUGUGUGUCCAAGGAUAGACAACUUGGCCUAGAAUGGGAAAAAAUGUAAUUUUCCUUCCUUCAAGGUUAAGGAAAAGAGAAAGAAAAAAAAUGUCAGUUUUAAAAUAUGAUGCAGUGGUGCAGGGUAGCAAGGACUAUGCUCAAAGCAGACAUGGAGCAGAUCAGUGUUUUAAGGAACCCUUGUUGUUUUUAAACACAGAGGAUUAGACUUUGUUCUAUAUCAGUAUAUUAAAAUUUGACCAUGUGGGGGGGAACCUAAGUAACUUUGUGCCAAUUACAGUCAACUUAAUCACACACAAACUUUUCAAGAUUUACCUUUCAUAAACCUUAUGUAACUUACUUCGACAUUUUAUAACUUGUUUAUAUCCUUAGUUUUGUCUUUUCUUUCAUUGUGGACUUGAGGCUAAGGAUUAGUGUUUUAGCAUAGUGGUUUAGUGUAGAACACUUACCUGGCAUGUGUGAGGCCCUAGGUUUGGUCCCCAGUAUAGCCUAAAUAAAUAAGUCAAUAAAAAUGACAAAGAAAUCAUUUUGGGUUUCAAGACAAAAGUAUUACUUUACCCUACAAGAUACUUUCUCUUUCAGAAAUAUUUUUUCCCUAUUAAUUUUUUAACUUUUUUUAGUAUGUAUUUUUUAGUUAUGGGUGGACACAAUAGCUUUAUUUUAUUUUUAUGUAGUGCAGAGGAUCAAACCCAGUGCUUCACGCAUGGUAGGUGAGCAUUCUACUUCUGAAGCCCCCUAUUAAUUUUUCUUGAGAAUAUAUAUUUCCAGGGCUGGGGUUGUGGCUCAAUGUGCUCACCUAGCACAUGUGGGGCCCUGGGUUCGAUCCUCAGCCCCACAUAUAAGUAAAUAAAUAAAUAAAUCUAAAAGGUAUUGUGUCCAACUACAACUAAGAUAUAAAUAUCACAAAAAAAGAAGAAGAAGAAGAAGAAUAGGGGCUGGGGUUAUGGCUCAGCGGUAGAGCGUUUCCCUAGCACGUUCGAGGCCCUGGGUUCAAUCCACAGCACCACAUAAAAAUAAAUAAAAUAAAGGUAUGUGUCCAACAACAACUAAAAAAAAAAUGUUUUUAAAGAAUAUUUAUUUCCAGCUGGGUGCAAGGGUGCAUGCCUGUAAUCCCCAGCAGCUUGGGAGGCUGAGGCAGGAGGAUCGCAAGUUCAAAGCCAGUCUCAGCAAAAGUGAGGUGCUAAGCAACUCAAUGAGACCCUGUCUCUAAAUAAAAUACAAAAUAGAGCUGGGGAUGUGG